UACAUGAAUGUGUACAUACAAGAGUAGAGAAUAUCCAUGGCGUGUUGUAAAGUUUGAUUUUAUUAGUUGAAGACCCUCUCUAACUGAAAGAGAGGCUUUACUGUUUUGUCUCUUUAUCUUACUUCUUAAUAUAUGGACAUUUGUCUGGUCAUUGGUUAACGCCUCAAAGGGGGACAAAUUUAGGGAAAGAGAAGGUAAGAGAUACAAUGGACUGUCUUCGUGUAUUUGCUUCUGUACCUAAAAUCUCUUUCUUCUCCAGUACAAGAAAUUCUACUUCUCAACGAUUCAUUCCCAGUUGCAGAGAGAAAAGCAGAGAGGAUCCACUCUCCAGCUCUUCACCGUACUCUAUACUUGGCGUGGAGCCAAGCUGCUCAUCUUUCGAGCUAAAGGCAGCUUUUCGUGCCAAAGUGAAACAAUACCAUCCUGAUGUAAACAAAGAGGGAAGCAACUCUGAUAUUAUGAUCCGUCGCAUAAUCCAGGCAUAUGAGAUGUUAACAAACUAUAGCCGGUCAGAGAUAAUUGAAGGAGAAUGCUUGGAUCCUUUUGACCAUCCAGAGUGUGAGGCACUUGACGUGUUUGUGAAUGAAAUCCUCUGUGUUGGAAAAAGAUGUUCGUACCCAUGCUUUAAAACAGCUUCUCAUGUCUUCUCGUGUGAUUCAUCUGGAACAGCUCGAGCAAUGUCCCAAGGGCAUGGUGAAGAUUACCGUGUACAAUCUGCAGUUAAUCAGUGUCCGAAAAAUUGCAUACAUUAUGUCACACCAUCACAGAGAAUUAUUCUAGAAGAGUUACUUGACAGCGUUGUGGACAAACCUUAUGAUUGUUCCGCGGAAGCAGAGUUUCUCUAUGCUCUCAUUGUCAAAGCUCAAUAUGAGAACAAUCGGUAUCAGAAGCCAAAGAAGAAACAAUCUGAAUCUUCAGGAAAACAUGUAGACUGGUUAUGAAGUUCAUAGCUGUUUUCUGCUGCAAUACGGUAGAGUUGAAUCGGAUGCUCCAGGAUGUCUGGUAGUGAGUUCUAAAAUAACCAGAAGGGUCUGAGAUGGAACAUAAAUCAAAUCUCCACAAGGUCACAUCCAGAUAUCACCAUGAAACUGUAGAGGAUAUUGUAUUAUUCAAAUUUUUGGAGCAAGCAGAGGAAAAAUGAAACUUGCCAUGGUUUCAGAACAAACUUGUGGCUGAACUUGUGUAUAUAUAUAUACUCUAUUCGGUAUGUUGAUUUUCAUAGAGACUAGUUUGUCGUAUA